AUGCAAGGCCAGAGUUCCAACUCCAACAUUCGCUGUUUCAAAUGUGGGGAGCCCGGUCAUCGAGCGUCCGAUUGUAAAAAGUUUGCAAGCAGAACGAGUAAGAAUCUCUUAAUUGAUAAUGAAACAGUAGAAGAAGUCAACAUCGGAGAUCCUAUUUUUGAUGAUAGCAAUGACGAGGAGAUUUUGUAUGGAGAUGGACACAAGACUCUUAUUGUCAGAAAAAACUUGCUUGCUCCAAAAGAUGACUCCGAAGAAGAUUGGUUAAAAACCAAUAUUUUUUAUACCACAUGCACUAUCGCGGAACAUGUUUGCAAGAUUUUUAUUGACAGUGGUAGUUGCAAGAAUGUGGUGUCAAUGGAUGUAGUUAAGAAGCUUCAGUUGAAGAUUGAUCCCCAUCCAAAACCAUACAAAUUGUCCUGGUUGAAAAAGGGAAGUGAGUAUGAUCGAUCUGUUGUCCAUGAUGGGCGGCAAGAUACCUAUACUUUAAACAUCAAGGGAAAGAAGGUGGUUUUAGCACCUCAGCUAGAAGGAGUCAUCCCUAUACCAGUGACUGAGAAGGGCUUUAAUCUCUUGUCAAUGUCUCGAUUCCUGGAGAAAAUAGAAGAAGAGGGCAUUGUGUAUACCUUUAUGACAUGUGAAAUGGGUUCCAGAAUAGAUGAUGACGUGUUAGUGGAGUUACGAGAGGUGUUGGCUGAGUUUGCUGAUUUGAUGCCAAGGGAACCACCCCUUGGUUUGCCACCCAUGAGAGAUAUACAGCACCACAUCGACUUUGUGCCAGGGUCAAUCUUGCCGAAUCGACCAGUUUAUUGCCUCAGUCUAAAGGAAUCUGAAGAGUUGUAUCACCAGAUCAGAAUAAGGCCAGGAGAUGAGUGGAAAACGACAUUCGAAAUGCAUCAUGGGUUGUACGAGUGGACGGUCAUGCCUUUUGGGCUAUCUAGCUUACCUAGCACGUUCAUGCGAUUCAUGAAUCAGGUGUUGCGGCCUUACAUGGGAAAGUUCGUUGUUGUGUACUUUGACAAUAUCCUCAUUUAUAGCCCCUCGCAUGAGACGAACCUAGAAUAUCUCAGAGAGGUGACAGUAAUUCUAGAGUGGCCAACACCCAAGAGUAUACAUGAUGUCCGGAGUUUGCACGGAUUGGCGUCAUUCUAUCGAUGGUUCAUCCAACAUUUUAGUGCGUUGAUUGAGCCAAUCACAGAGUACUUAAAGGGUCAGACUUUCCAAUGGACUGAAGAGGCCAAUACAAGCUUUCAAUUGGUGAAGCGGAAGAUGAUAGAAGCACCUAUUCUCACUCUGACAGACUUCGAGAAGAUUUUCGAAGUCAAUUGUGAUGCAUCUGGCGUUGGUAUUGGUGGUUUCCUAAGCCAAGAGGGGCGUCUGAUCGUCUUUUUCCGUGAGAAGUUGUCAUGGUAA